AUGGGUGUCACCGGUCUCUGGACUGUCUUGCAGCCCUGCGCGCGGCCGAUUAAGAUCGAGACGUUGAACAAGAAGCGGCUCGCCGUGGAUGCCUCCAUCUGGAUUUACCAGUUCCUCAAAGCAGUGCGAGACAAGGAAGGGAACGCGCUACGCAACAGCCAUAUUGUUGGUUUCUUUCGCAGAGUAUGCAAGCUCCUCUUCAUCGGCAUCAAGCCCGUCUUCGUCUUCGAUGGUGGCGCACCGGCGCUCAAGCGACAAACUAUCAGCAACCGCAAGUCGCGCCGUGAGGGAAGACGGGAAGAUGCAGUGAGGACAGCGGGGAAGCUGUUGGCUAUACAGAUGCAGAGGGCUGCUGAGGAGGAAGACAGGAAGCGGAAAGAAGCUGCAAAGCACCCUAGGGAAGAGCCGCAGCAGCAGCAGGAGGAGGAAAUACCCGAUAACUUGGUCUAUGCAGAGGAGCUCUUGCAGAAUGAUCAGGAGCGUGCGCAGAAUCGCACCUUCAAGAGGAAGGAUCAGUAUCAUUUACCAGAUCUGGGCAAAUCCAUGUCUGAAAUGGGCGCUGCAAACGAUCCCAGGGUAAUGUCCCUCGAGGAGUUAGAGGAAUACGCACGCCAAUUCGAUAGGGGCGAGGACAUCAAUGUCUACGAUUUCUCCAAGAUUGACUUCGACGGCCAUUUCUUCCAAAGCCUACCUCCAGCCGAUCGAUACAACAUCUUGAACGCAGCCAGGUUGCGAAGCAGACUCAGAAUGGGGCACUCGAAGGAACAGCUCGACGCCAUGUUUCCCGACAGAAUGGCGUUUUCCAAAUUCCAGAUCGAUCGUGUACGCGAACGUAACGAACUUACACAACGAUUGAUGAAUCUCAACGGUAUGAACGACGAUGCUUUUGGAGCAGGCGGAUUCAACCGCGUCGCAGGUGAGAGGGACAGGGAAUAUGUACUUGUCAAAAAUGAUGGAGUAGAAGGCGGUUGGGCGCUCGGAGUUGUGUUGAACAAGGAAGAGGGCAAAGCACACAAGCCGAUCAAUGUGGAUCUACCGGAGCGUCCUGCUGAAGAGGAUCAAGAAUGGGAGGAUGACGAAGAUUUCGAGGACGUUCCGAUCGAAGGCCUCAACCGAUUGCCCAAGCCCAAAGGAGGCCUCAGUGCGCAAGAGAAGGAAGGUCGCGAGUUUAUUGCGAAUGAGCUGGCGACGCGACGUAGGAAGCUCUACAAGGCAAGGAAAGAGAAACCAGCACAGUCCAAGCCGCAGAGAGCUGCUCCAGUGAACCAGGAUCCUGACUCACUAUUUCUUGCUGACGAUAAUGAAGAAGAAGAUUGGGAGAACGUGCCUAUGGAUGGCGUGAAUGAUAUGGGUGACGCAGGGGAUGAUAUCGAGAACGAACAGUUGCAGCAAGCCAUUGCGUUGUCGAUGCAGCCAGAGAAGCAAGACGUUGCUGACGAGUCGGAAGACGAUCCAGUGCGUGAAGUUUUCGAACAGAGGCGUGCUGCUGAGGCCAACCCCUUCACUGGGACGAAGGGUUCUGGAAUGGCUAUCGCAAGGCUGGCGAAUCAACGUAGUAACAAGCUUGCGCCGAAAGGCCCUUUUGAAGGGAGCGAUAGCGAGGACGAUAUGGACCUCCAGGCUGCAUUGGCCGAGUCUCGAAAGUCGAAGCGACCUGUCAAACCAAGACAACCAUCGCCUAAACAGCAAGAUUCAACCCCAGCACCAGCCGUGAAACCUGCGACCAAGCCAAAGAAUGCUGCCGGAUUUGACGGCCCGUUGCCUUUCGAGAGGCUCAACUUGGGGAACUCCCUCCUGGGCAAGAAGAAGAUGGAUAAAUUAGAAGCGGAUAACGCAGGAGGCUUUGAAAAGGACUACGGGCAAGAAAAGAAGACUGCCGCGCCACUCCCGCCAUGGUUCAGCGGCCAACGAGACAUUGCAAAAGAAGUGAACGCCCAGCGGGAGGAAGAGAAGCAACAGUGGGAAGAGGCACGUCAAGAAGAAAAGUCCAGGUUUCAGUUUCAGCAGCUCCCAAGUCUUCGGAAGCCGGAAACCAAGGAAAUUAUCGACCUCGACGCGCCCGCUAGCCAGAGCCAGAAGCAAGUAGUUGCAAUCGACUCGGAUGAAGAAGCCGAUGCGCAAAUGGAAGAUGUGCCAAUUGAGGACCCUGAGUUGAGGAUAGGCGAUCUUGCCGACAAAAUCAAAGCAGAACCUCCCAAACCGCUCUCUCCGCAGCAGAAGUCACCUCCUCGCCAGGAUCCUGCCUUGACAAAGAAAACUCCAUUCGCUGACGAUUCCGACGAUGAGCCAGUAGAUUGGUCCGAAAGUGAACCUGAAGAAGAGAAGCGUGCACAACAGAAAGCGACUAAUGGCGAGAAAUCAGAGUCACUUGCGAAGCAACCUUCAAGGUCUCCUUCCCAAGCAUCAGAGGAAUUCGAGGACGUACCGAUGCAGACAGAGACAAAUGUUUUGCCUGAGCCUACGAAGUCGCCAUCGCCAGAGUUCGAGGAUGUGCCUAUGCAAAGCGAAUCCGUCGCAGAAGCUGUACCACCAAAGUCCCCAUCUCCCGUAUUCGAAGAUGUCCCGAUCCGUCAGCAAAGGCCACAUCGACCUCAGAGGGAACUCUCUCCCUUGCAAGGCCCAGACGAUUUGACAAAGCCUAUUGUGCCCCACAGUGACGUAGCGGACGACAAUGCGCAUUUUGAAAUGCCAGAAGGCAACGAGUCAGAUCAAUACUCAGACCCUGAGGACGAAGAGCUUUUCGCGUCCCUUGCAAAAGAGGCAGAAGAACACGCACGCUUCGCUCAGGAAGUGAGUAACAACACUGCCGCGCGUGUAAACUUUGACGAUGAGCUCAAACAACUUCGCGCACAGCAGAAGAAAGACCGUCGAGAUGCCGAUGAAGUUACUCAGACUAUGAUCGCAGAGUGUCAGCAUUUACUGACCCUAUUCGGACUACCAUACAUCACAGCUCCGAUGGAAGCAGAAGCUCAAUGCGCCGAACUUGUGAAUCUUGGUCUUGUUGACGGCAUUGUAACCGACGACUCCGAUACCUUCCUCUUCGGCGGUACCCGUGUUUACAAGAACAUGUUCAAUGCAGCCAAAUUUGUCGAAUGCUACCUUGCCCAAGAUCUCACCAACGAAUUCAGCCUCACACGCGAGAAAAUGAUCGCCAUCGCACAAUUGCUCGGCAGUGAUUACACAACAGGUAUCCCUGGCAUUGGGCCUGUCACCGCAUUAGAGAUUCUUUCCGAGUUCCAAGACCUAGAGUCAUUCAGAACCUGGUGGGAUGGCGUUCAGAACGGAACUAUCAAGAAAGAAGAUGAUGCUAAAAAGCCUUUCCGAAAAAGGUUCCGCAAGAACCAGGCCACGAAACUGUUCUUGCCGCCGACCUUUCCCGAUCCUCGUGUUGCGGAAGCUUAUCUUCAUCCUGAGGUCGAUAGCGAUCCUGAGCCUUUCCAAUGGGGUGUUCCUGAUCUGGCUGCUUUGCGCACAUUCUUGAGUUCCCAGAUUGGAUGGAGUUCUGAGAGAACGGAUGAGGUGCUCGUUCCUGUCAUUAGGGAUAUGAAUCGGAGGGAGAAGGAAGGUACGCAGGCAAAUAUCACAAGGUUCUUUGAGGGCAACGUUGGAGCGGGAGCCUUUGCGCCGAGAGUGAGAAAUACGGAGAGCGGACCAAGUGGGAAGAAGAAGGGCAUGUCAGCUGCGGGAAAGAGAAUGGAGGCCGCGUUGACUCGAUUAGCGGGGAGGGGUGAUGCGGCAGCGACUGAGGAUGGAGAGACUGAAAAUACGAAUGCGACAGCUAGUGGAUCGACGGGGAGGACGAAGAGAAAAGCUGCGAGUAAGCCCGUGUCCUUGGCCGAGCAGGAAGAGGGGGGUGCGGCCGCGGAUAUUGAAGAAGAAGAGGAGGACGAGCUCUACAAGGAACCUACAAAGAAAAAGCCCAGGAAGACACGGAAAGGGAAAACAGCCAGUUAA